CGUGUCGGUGCUGACCAAUCAUGGCUCACUCCAAUCCGGCCUGACGGGCUCUCUGAACCAAUAGUUUUCCACCUCUCGGAUCACUGAACAACGAGAUACGACUGACCUCUCCAGAGUGGGCGAAGGUGCGGCAGAGGUAGGGGGAGUGGGAAGAAUGUCGACCAAUCGCCUAUUAAGGAUUCUCUGAGCGAAGUUUCCGUGCCCCAAUGGAUGUUUGAGAUAGCGGAUUGGGCCUCUUCUAGCCCAAUCGAAGGUGGUAGAGAUGAGGGAAGAAGCAUAUGAAGGCGGGGACAGGGGAGAGGAGGAGGAAGAGUGCAUUUUGUUUAUGGGCGGCAACCUCACGAGGGGCGCCCCAUUCUGAUUGGCUCACUGAAGCCAAGAGUGGCAUAAGAACAACCCAAUAGCGGAAAAAGAUAGAGGGUUCGCGGCGUGAGGUACCCAAUGUGGGCCUUCUGCCGAAGAAGUAGGGGCGGGGGGAAGUUUAGGAGUUGAGGAAAGAAGAUUAAAGAGCGCGAGGAGAUCUCACAGACCAGUGGAAUACAGGCCUUUUGCAUAUGAAGAUCAGGUGACAAGUUAACUGUCUACCAGCCUCCAAAGCAAUACGCCCUUUCAUGAAUACACAACGCAACCAGAUUAUGGAAGACUUUAUAAACCAAACACAUUGAUAAUUCUACAUGAUUGGGAAUCAUUACAGGAAAUAAGUCACACAAAAAGGAGUAUUAAGAAUUGCCCUUUGAGACUCUGAAGGCUGAAGCUUUGGAUAAAAUUUGAAGUCCAAAGAAUAAAAAUAACACUGUUGAAAAGAGAAUGGAUAUUCAUUGAUAUUCAUUUAAUACCACAAGAAGUCCAGGUGUGAAGUGUUCAAUUAACUCCUGGGGGUAAGCUUUAGUGCCUGGUAGAUUGCACGUCUGUCUGUGCCCCAUAGCUGCACAGGCCUCUGCCUAAGUACAGCUCAUCUUCACAAAUGCCUGUAGUGAGCUUGAUUUCUGGAAAUGUCCAAAUAAUGACUGCCUGAAGUUACAUUUAGAGACUAAAAUCACUGCACCUUAAAAACAAAAGAUUGAGCUGCACUGCAUUCCUAAUGUUUCACCAUCACUAACUGGAUAUUUCUCACAACAUUGCUGUCUGGGAUUCAACAGUGGACUGGAUGAAGCAGAAGAAUGUAUUAGCAAGAUGGAAGACAAAGCAAUGGAACUCAUCCAAACAGAGCAGCAAAAAUAUAAAAAAUUGAAUGAAGACAAGGUGUUUUCUGUGGAAGGGCAGUGAAAAAGGUGGAGGAAGCAGUGACUGGCACUUUUCCUCCACGCUUUGAGAGAAAGAGAAUUGGCUGGAAUAAAACCUUGCUUUCCAUAUGGUCGACUUGAAACAGCAUUGAAAAGUGAAGGAUACAGAGGCACUUAGAACUUCAGUUACUCCCUGAGGACCAGUCUCUCUUUCCUUGACCAUCAGUCUGUGGCCUGCCCCUUCUCUUUCUAUGCAGCCGCUCUCUGUUCCCUGCCCCAAUGAACAUCUGCACUAGGCCCAAGCCUUGGAGUGAUUUACCUGAAGAGUGACACCAUUGAUUUGGAAACUACUAUGAGGAAACUGAAGCCCAGAGAGGUGAAGUGAGGUGCCCAAGGCCACACAGCAAGUUAGAGGCACAGCUAGUACCAUAGCUCAAGUCUCCUGACUCCCAGUCCAGUGCUCCUCCCAUUACUCCACGGGUCCUGUCUCUAAGCUUCCUGACAAAUGCUAGAACGGAAGAAACCCAAGACAGCUGAAAACCAGAAGGCAUCUGAGGAGAAUGAGAUUACUCAGCCGGGUGGAUCCAACGCCAAGCCGGGCCUUCCCUGCCUGAACUUUGAAGCUGUUUUGUCUCCAGACCCAGCCCUCAUCCACUCAACACAUUCACUGACAAACUCUCACGCUCACACCGGGUCAUCUGAUUGUGACAUCAGUUGCAAGGGGAUGACCGAGCGCAUUCACAGCAUCAACCUUCACAACUUCAGCAAUUCCGUGCUCGAGACCCUCAACGAGCAGCGCAACCGUGGCCACUUCUGUGACGUGACGGUGCGCAUCCACGGGAGCAUGCUGCGCGCACACCGCUGCGUGCUGGCAGCCGGCAGCCCCUUCUUCCAGGACAAGCUGCUGUUGGGCUACAGCGACAUCGAGAUCCCAUCCGUGGUGUCGGUGCAGUCGGUGCAAAAGCUCAUUGACUUCAUGUACAGCGGCGUGCUGCGCGUCUCGCAGUCGGAAGCCCUACAGAUCCUCACGGCCGCCAGCAUCCUGCAGAUCAAAACAGUCAUCGAUGAGUGCACGCGCAUCGUGUCGCAGAACGUGGGCGAUGUGUUCCCGGGGAUCCAGGACUCCGGCCAGGACACGCCACGGGGCACUCCCGAGUCAGGCACAUCGGGCCAGAGCAGCGACACUGAGUCGGGCUACCUGCAGAGCCACCCGCAGCACAGCGUGGACAGGAUCUACUCGGCACUCUACGCAUGCUCCAUGCAGAAUGGCAGCGGUGAGCGCUCCUUCUACAGCGGUGCGGUGGUCAGCCACCACGAGACUGCACUCGGCCUGCCCCGUGACCACCACAUGGAAGACCCCAGCUGGAUCACGCGCAUCCAUGAGCGCUCGCAGCAGAUGGAGCGCUACCUGUCCACCACCCCCGAGACCACGCACUGCCGCAAGCAGCCCCGGCCGGUGCGCAUCCAGACCCUGGUGGGCAACAUCCACAUUAAACAGGAGAUGGAGGACGAUUAUGACUACUAUGGGCAGCAAAGGGUGCAGAUCCUGGAGCGCAACGAAUCCGAGGAGUGCACGGAAGACACCGACCAGGCGGAGGGCACCGAGAGUGAGCCCAAGGGCGAGAGCUUCGACUCGGGCGUCAGUUCCUCCAUAGGCACCGAGCCUGACUCUGUGGAGCAGCAGUUCGGGCCGGGGGCAGCGCGGGAUGGCCAGGCCGAACCUGCCCAAGCCGAACAGGCCACGGAAGCUCCUGCCGAGGGCGGCCCGCAGCCGCACCAGCUAGAAACAGGUGCCUCCUCCCCGGAGAGAAGCAACGAGGUAGAGAUGGACAACACGGUCAUCACUGUCAGCAACAGCUCCGACAAGAGCGUCCUGCAGCAGCCUUCGGUCAACACGUCCAUUGGGCAGCCAUUGCCAAGUACCCAGCUCUACUUACGCCAGACAGAAACCCUCACCAGCAACUUGAGGAUGCCUCUGACCUUGACCAGCAACACACAGGUCAUUGGCACAGCCGGCAACACCUACCUGCCGGCCCUCUUCACUACCCAGCCCGCGGGCAGUGGCCCCAAGCCUUUCCUCUUCAGCCUGCCACAGCCCCUGGCAGGCCAGCAGACCCAGUUUGUGACAGUGUCCCAGCCCGGCCUGUCGACCUUUACUGCACAGCUGCCAGCGCCACAGCCCCUGGCCCCAUCCGCAGGCCACAGCACAGCCAGUGGGCAGGGCGAAAAAAAGCCUUAUGAGUGCACUCUCUGCAACAAGACUUUCACCGCCAAACAGAACUACGUCAAGCACAUGUUCGUACACACAGGUGAGAAGCCCCACCAAUGCAGCAUCUGUUGGCGCUCCUUCUCCUUAAAGGAUUACCUUAUCAAGCACAUGGUGACACACACAGGAGUGAGGGCAUACCAGUGCAGUAUCUGCAACAAGCGCUUCACCCAGAAAAGCUCUCUCAAUGUGCACAUGCGUCUCCACCGGGGGGAGAAGUCCUAUGAGUGCUACAUCUGCAAAAAGAAGUUCUCCCACAAGACCCUCCUGGAGCGACACGUGGCCCUGCACAGUGCCAGCAACGGGACCCCUCCCGCGGGAACACCCCCAGGUGCCCGCGCCGGCCCCCCGGGGGUGGUGGCCUGCACCGAGGGGACCACUUACGUCUGCUCCGUCUGUCCAGCAAAGUUUGACCAAAUCGAGCAGUUCAACGACCACAUGAGGAUGCACGUGUCUGACGGAUAAGUAGUUAUCUUUCUCUCUUUCUUAUGAACAAAACAAAACAACAAAAAAGAAACAAACAAACAAAAAAAGCUAUGGCACUAGAAUUUAAGAAAUGUUUUGGUUUCGUUUUUACUUUCUGUUUUUGUUUUUUGUUUCGUUUCAUUUUGUACUACAUGAAGAACUGUUUUUUGCCUGCUGGUACAUUACAUUUCCGGAGGCUCGGGUGAAUGAUAGUUUUCCCAGCCUCCCUCGGAUGGUGGCCUUAAGGCCUGGUAGUGCUUCAAGAGGUCCACUGGUUGGAUCUCUAGCUACUGGCCUCUAAAUACAACCCUUCUUUACAAAAAAAAAAAAAAUCUUUAAAAAAAAAAAAGUAAAAAAAAAAAAUUUUUUUUUUUCACUUGUGAAGAGCACUACAAAAAAUCUAUAACAAAAUCUAAAAGGCCUACUGUCUUUAAGUACACCGCUUGCAGUGUUUCAGUGGACAUUUUCACAAUUCUGGCCGCUCGGACUUCACAGUAACCAGUUAAAACUGUGGAAUAUCGCUUCUGGUUGAAAACCCAGAGGAAAGGCCCUGCUGUUUUCCACCUACCACGUUGUCUGAUUUCAUAAAAGGGCUGGGGGGGAUGGGAACGGGCAGUGGGUCGGGUGGUGUGGGAAAGGCGAAUGGCAGGCUUCUCCCCCAGAUUCUGCUGAGUCCGCACCCCCUGGCCCACCUCCUUCAUAUCCCCCCUUUCAGCAGAAGCCAGGAAGACUUGGACAAGCAUCAAGCAACAGUGGCUAUCGUAUUUAUUCAGUGUCUUCGCUGAGCCACAGCCUCAGCACAAUCAAGAGGGACUUUCAUGAAAGGCAGGAAUGCAGAUAAAACAAAGAUAUCAGAGGUUUGCACCUAUGUUUCUAGGUACAAGAGAAGGAUUAUUUCCAACAAUCUUUGCAAAAAAAAAAAACAAAAAAAAAGUGUCAGGAUAUAUUCUUGUGGAAGAGAAAAAGAAAGAGAAAUGGAGGGGGGGGGGGAAUAAUAAAAAGUUCUUGAGGCUUUUUUAAUUCAAAAUUUUAUAGAGGGGCAAAAGUGACGUUUACCAGAUAGAAUGCUGAUUUUUUUAAUAUAUUUACGACAGUAUUUGUGUAAAAAAAAAAACAAAAAAAAGUGAGAUUGUUAAAAGUAAUUUUUUUUUCGUUUUGGUUUUGCAUACACUGCCACCGAUCCCUUCUCUUUUCUUUUAUUUCACACACGUAUAUAUAUUUUUUGGUAAGUCAAGACUGUUAAGGUUAGCGCUACUGCUUCCAGAUAGAAAGAAUAAAAGGCAAUUAAAGUUAUAUUUGAAAGAGAGGAAGGAUAUUUUCUUCAUAUUUUUUUUAAUUUUUCUUAAUUUUUAUUAUUUUAAGUAUUGCCUGGGUUGCUGAGGGCCUCUGUGGCCAGCCCAUCCCUGCUGUAAUUUGAACCUGCUGCUUUGUAUUUUGAUACGUAGUUCUUUGACUUUUAGCAAAGCGUUAAGUUGCUCCACUGAAUAUUUUUUUCAACUGAUCCAUCUAGAAUUCUGUUCUUUUUCAUGGGAGGACUUUAUCUUUCAGAAACAGAUUCCUUGCUUCUCUAUAAGUUCAUUGAGAUCUUAUGAUUCUAGAAUUUCUAUUGACUUUACUUCUUUUCUUUAAGGAAACGCUAGUAGUCUAGAGGCCGUGACAAAUGGGUUUUCCUUUUGUGGUCAGCCAGGAGGAGGAGUUCAGGCCUCCUCACCCUUCACAACUACAGAGAGCAGCGUUAUCAGAAGCCUGGUACAGAUCAGGAUGCCUUGAUGCCAAAAUUACUUUCUUCCUUUCAAAUGUCACCUUCUGACUAUUUC